AUGAGCAGUGAUAAUGACGGGAGGAAAGUCGAAAGACGGCUAGCAGUGUACAGUCCAGACACUCAGCUCAACACGUAUAUGAAUGCGGUUUCGGAGCUAGGAUCAUUAUGCUUUUCCAUACUAGUGGGUAAGCUAGACGAGAAGCACGAGCUAACACAAGAAAGGCUGCAAGCCUGGAAGGAGGAAAUCCAGUUCAAGCACUCGGAAGCGCAAAUGUAUGUGGAAUUCGAGAAAUUGAAGGUAAAGGUCGAAAAUGAGUCCGCGUCCGAAAACAUUGAGGAGAUCAAGCGGCAGAUGGAGUCAGAGCUAGCCCAGAUACGACGCAAGAACGAUGUCACAAGGCAGAGAAACGAAAAGCUGCGUGCAAUGAAUUCUCACAUAGACCUCGUAAAUGAACAGCUGGAGGAUAUGCACCGGGGAAAGUCCAGGGUAAGCGCGACGCGAGAGGAAUGGGAGCGCCAGCUUGGACGUCCUGCCGUGGAAAGCCUUUUAGAUUCCAAUGUGUUCGACAAAAACAUUGUUAAGGUACGAGACGGCGAUGAACGCGAAGAGCUGUCAGUUGUGUCUAACUUCUCCAGACGCGCGGAUGAGCUAAAGAAAACCAAUGAUUCCAUGAAGAAAACAGCUCAGCGGUUGCAAGUGGAACUCGCUAAUUAUAAGGAGAAGUGGGCCCAUGACGCCAGUUUGUUCGAUAAGAUUACAGAGGUUCUAAAAGACGAGUUGGUCAAGAGGGAUCUUUUCAGACCUCAGGGCAAGAACCAGGCCGACGAAGACAACGACGAAGACGAGGACGAGGACGAGGAUGAUAAUGAUCUGGACGCGGAGGCCGCGGAGUCGGAACAGGACUCGCUGUCGGAGGCGCAGAAUUCCGACGAGGAGGGGAAGCUCUAG